AUGGCUCCUUCAACAGCCAUCGCAGAAGAACGGGCCGUCGAUUCAGCAAGCGACAUCGUGCAGAAAGCCCCGAAGCGCAAAUGGGUCAGUUAUAUCUGGGAUACAUUCGAUAAGUCGCCUGAGGAGCGGAGGUUGAUGUUUAAAUUGGAUUCGGCGAUUUUGACGUUCGCGUCUCUGGGAUAUUUCAUCAAGUACCUGGAUCAGAUCAAUAUUAACAAUGCCUUUGUUUCUGGGAUGAAAGAAGAUCUCGGCAUGUACGGCAACGAGCUGAAUUAUAUGCAGGCUUGCUGGACGGUCGGCUAUGUGAUUGGGGAGAUUCCGAGUAAUAUCCUUCUUACGAGGAUUAGACCUAGAUAUUGGAUUCCGGCGAUGGAGUUACUCUGGACUGUGUUAACCUUCGCUAUGUCGCGAUGUCACACGUCCACUCAGUUCUACGUCCUCAGGUUCUUUAUCGGCCUCGCGGAAAGUACCUUCUAUCCCGGAAUGCAAUAUAUCAUCGGCUCGUGGUACCGGAAAGACGAACUCGCGAAACGAUCGUGUAUCUUCCAUACGAGCAGUGGUAUCGCGAGUAUGUUUUCGGGAUAUUUGAUGGCUGCCGUGUAUAACCUUGAGGGACGGGGUGGGUUUCGAGGAUGGCAGUGGCUGUUUAUUGUGGAUGGUAUCAUUUCGCUGCCCGUCGCGUUGAGCGGGUUUGUUAUUCUGCCUGAUGUGCCUGAGAUUUCGAAUCCGUGGUAUUUGACUAAGGAUGAAGUGGCACUUUCGCAAAAGCGAAUGCAGCUGGAAGGACGCAAGAAUAGGGAGCCGUAUACGAGAAGCAAGUUGAAGAAGAUCUUUACGUCUUGGCAUAUUUAUCUUCUUACUGUCCUGUAUAUAACAUUCAACAACGGCGCUGCUGGAUCUCAGCCUGUGUUCCAACAAUGGCUCAAACACUCAACAGACCCCAAAUACUCCGUCGGCCAGAUCAACGCCUACCCAACGACCACGGCUGCAGUCCAGGUCGUGACUACGCUUGCCUAUGCCUGGUCCUCGGACACAUUCCUCAACGGAAAACGUUGGCCACCCAUCAUCUUCGGCGCGAUAAUAAAUAUAAUAUGCUACGUCUCCCUCGCCGUCUGGGAUAUACCAGACGGCUGGAAAUGGACCUGUUAUAUCCUCGCCGGUGCAGGAUAUGGUCUAAGCGGGCUUUGCAUGGCGUAUAAUAGAUGGGCCCACGAAAUCUGCUCCUCCGACAACGAAGAGCGCUCUCUAGUAAUCGGCAGCAUGAAUGAAAUGGCCUACGUCUUCCAAGCCUGGUUGCCCCAGGUCGUCUGGCAGCAGGUUGAUGCGCCGCAGUAUAGGAAGGGCUUUAUCACUGUUUCGAUUUUGUCUGUUAUAUUGAUCGCUACGACGCUGUGGAUUAGGCAGUUGGAUUUGAAGGAGAGGAGGGUUAGCUGA